AUCUCCUCUGUCGCAAUCGCACAUGUGCAGUACACGCCGCAGCAUCAGGCGCUCACCAUGAGUACUUGUCUCAGCAACAUGUUUCUAUUUUCUGGCUGUCUAUCAUAGCACACAUUCUUUCGUUUCCCACUUACUGCGUCCCCGGCUGUCUCAUCGCUCCAUAGUGAGCAAGCCAGAAUCCUUAUCGCACAUGUGCACACCUCGCCUUCCGACAUCAUGACGAUGACCCCCGAGCUCGAAGCCUUUGCGCGAGCAAUAUCGCGCGUACUGGGCUGGGCCUACUUCCUGUCGUGGUCCCUAUCCUUCUACCCCCAACCCAUAUCGAACUACCUGCGCAAAUCCACGCUCGGUCUCGCCAUCGACUUCCCCACCCUCAACGUCCUGGGCUUUACCUGCUACACCAUCUCCACAGCCUGCUUCCUCUACUCGCCAACGAUCAAAUCGCAAUAUGCGGCUCGCCAUCCUGACGCGCCGAAGACGACGGUGCGGUUCAACGAUUUCUUGUUCGCGGCACAUGGCGCGGUCAUGUGUGUGAUUAUAUACAGUCAGUUUUUUGAGAGGAUUUGGGGCUUUGAGAUUGGCAAGAGGCAGAAGGUUAGUCGGGUUAUUUUGGGGGUUUGGUGGGGGUGUGUGCUUGCUAUUGGGGUUGUGGUGGUUUUGGUUAAGAUUAAUGGAGGUGAACGGGGAUAUGAUGCAGAGGGCUGGGCGUGGAUCGAUGUCAUCUACACGCUCGGCUACGUCAAACUCCUUACUGUCUUUCUCAAGUAUAUACCCCAGGCCUGGGUCAAUUACAAGCGCAAGUCGACAUUAGGCUGGAGUAUAUACCCCAUGCUUUUGGACUUUGCGGGUGGCUGGCUUUCGCUUGCACAGUUGUGCAUUGAUUCUGCGUUGGAGAAUGAUUGGAGUGGUGUCACUGGUAAUCCAGUCAAAUUUGGACUGGGCAACAUUACUAUUGUGUUUGACAUCAUUUUCAUGUUACAGCAUUACGUGCUGUACAGGCAUCCAGGGAAGCAUAUUGACGAUGAGGAUGAGGAGGAGCGGGAGGGGCUUGUACAGGGUCGGAGAGACUAGUAAACAUAUGUGCAAGGCUCUGUUAGAUACACAAAUCACUACAGCUCAGGUGCUCUGAUCUGCAAAUAUCUUCCAUUGCUGCUAUGAUAU